AAAGUUUACGAAAAGCAUUAGUGUCUGUGAAUAAUUCUAAAAUAGGCUUACGUGUACCAAGUUACUUACCAAGUUCCAACAUCAGAUUUAUAAGUUUUAUUAUAACUGAUUGAGAAUCGUAGUAUAUUUAAAUAUUAAUAUCAAGAGCUAAAUAACAUAUACAUAUAUGUAUGUACGUGGUUCUACUUCUAGAAGAGCAAAGUAGGCUAAGCCUGAAAUAAGUUACGUCAACGGAAUAUGUCUUGCUCUCAUUCGAGUUUUGAGAGUAAUCGUAAUACUAAUAAUAAAUUAUAAUACAAUUUCAAACGUUGUCAAGUUGAGUGCAUCAGAUUAUUGAUUGGUCGAAAUUGCUGUAAACUAUGAGUGUAUCAAGAAUAAGGACAUUUCAAACACAAGGAGCUGUUUUUUCUAAAGAGCUAUAAAAAGCAAUUUUAAAAUCCAAAGCAAUGGACACAGAAAGAUCCAAAACAUUGUUACCAUGUCAAGAAAAUUCUCUUUCCCAAGCAGAGUGGGAUAUUGUUCAACUUGUCAGUGACAUGGAAUGUGAGAGAAACCAACAAGAGAGCAUUCCCUGUGAAGAGCCUGAGGCUGAGAAAGAUUCGGAUGAUUCUGUGUUAUCAGUUGAACAAGUAAAAUCUCUCCUUCAAGAGGCACUCCAUCAUCAUCUUGGUGGAGAGAAAGAUGUGAAGCUUGAUGACCUAUUAGAGAUUCUUCAUCAACAGUUAGUUACAGAUCAUGUUAAUAAGCCAGAAGACUUUGAUUCACCAAAAGAAACCAUUACUACAGACCUUCCACAUGCUCAGCCACCUGAGACAGCACAGGUUGACAAUGGUUUUGAGGAUCUGGAGCAUUUAGUUUUGCAAGAAGCAUCAAAUAAUGGAAUGUUUGAACCUAAUGAUGAUUUUGUUGUUGGAAUGGCAUCUGAAAUUUUGCAUGAUGUUGGUAAUGAACUCGAGCCAGAAGAAAUAGGCAAAGUGAUGAUAGAUCAUAGCUAUUCAAUGUUGGCAACAGAUUUCACAAAACACUUUUGGAAGUCAGACCAUAUGGAAACACAAGGAGAAGGAGAGGAGGAAGAUCUUGAUAAUGAUAGUAUUACAGAGAAGACUAGCCAUAAAAAAUCUAAACGUUCAACACCUCUACGAAGGUCACAGAGACAAAUAGAUAAAAUUGAUCGUGCUCUUGUUGAAAAAAUAAGAGCAGAAAAUGCUGAAUUACAACGACAAGAAAAAGAAGAGAUGGAGAAGCAGAAAGCUUUGGCUGAACAAGCCAGGAUGGACUGUGAUGAUAUUAGUGAUAGUAAAAAUAUCAAUAUAAGUGUCAUUCCUGUCAACUCACAGGCCUCAGAUAUUGAGCCAGUUGAUUCUAGGCAUUCAUCAGGAAAGAAGGGCAAAACUGCAAACCAGGCAAAAGAGUCAAAGAAAAAAGUUACCUCAAUCCCAAAUAAAGGCAAAAAUUCAAAGGGCAAGAAUUCCAGUUAUAAAAUGAUUCAUACAUUUGAAGAAGAAGAAAAUGUUCAAAAAUUAAAUAAAAAGUCAAAAAAUGAAAAUAAGAUUCACAGCAGUUCCAGAAAGAAAAUAUGCAGUAAGAACAAUACGGUUUUACAAUCAAAAAUAAAUAGUACGUCUAGAGUAAGCAGGAAAAAAAUUUCAGCCAAGGAUUCAAGCUUUGCUCCAAAGAAAAAAGGUAGACCUAUGAAGAAUAUAUCUAAAACAAAUAAAAACAUCGUUGCAAAAAACAAAUUGAGACAAAGAAUUUUGCUUGCAGGCAAAAAACUUCACAAAGCAAGAUCAUACACAGAAUUAAACACAGAAUUUGAUCACUUUAAAUACAAGCAAAAUAAAUCAUCAAGUAAAGAUUCACACAGUGAAGUGAAAAAAAUGCCACAGCAAAUAAAGAUUAAGCAAAGGAAAAGACUGAAAUUUAAAAGCUCUAAUGGUCACUUUAAAAAAAAGUUGUUAGAUUCUAGAGAUGAUUGGAGAAAAAGUGAAUCUUUAAGCUGCAGUAACUCUCAGUGUACUGAAUCAAGUGAAGAUGUACAGUCACAAGAACCUAAAAAGAUUAAGUUACAGAAACAAAUGAAAACUGUAAGUGAAAGAAAAAAUGAUAAUAUAAAAAAGGGGGAAGAACUCAGAAACACCUGUGAUAAUAAACAAUCAUUGUCAGUUCAUAGUUUUCAUCAGAAAGAACAAAUAUGUAAUAAUAGUAAAAGAGUAGAAGUUUGUUUAGCUUCAAAGCAGGGAAAUGGAAGCAAAAAUGGCUAUUCAGUCAAAAAUUCAGUAAAAAUGCAAACUGAUGAAAGUGAACAGAAAAAAAUUGAGAACUUGGCCAACUGUCAUAUCCAGGUGUUAUUAGAAAAAAUAGAUGUUACUCUUGCAAGUAAUAAAAGACUACAUACAGAAGUUUCUAGAGAACAAGAAUUUCAGAAAGACAAAGAAACCUAUUUCAAAGAUAAACAUCAAAAAGGAGAAAAGCUGGCUAUUCACAAAUUUAAAAAGUUUAAGAAACAUAAAGAAAUUAUUAAUGAUCAGAAAGAAGGUGAAGAUCCAGAAAACCUUGGAAAAAAGAAAAAGACAACAAAAGAUAAUGUUUGUAAACUUGAAGAGCAAGAAGAAAAACAGCUGAAAGUGAAGAAAGAAGAACAAAGCUCAUCAAAAAAUGAACAGAAAACUGAAGAAAAAGAAGAUUCAAUAAAUUUGGAUUUUAAUCAACUUCGCUUGAAUGUUAGAAGAGCCUUAAAGGAUGUCUUAACUAGCAGGCUCAAGAAUGCAGAUGAUAUUCUUCUUACAUCUGAUGAAUUGAAAAGCAUCACCCUUCAUAUAGAGAAGGAGCUUUACAAACUACACAAAGAAAAUAUUGUGAAGUAUAGGAAUGUGUAUUGUGUGUUGAUAAUCAAUUUCAAGGACCCAAAAAAUAAGAUCUUAUUUCGAAAGGUUUUAAAAGGAAUAAUACCUCCAGAUCGACUUGUAAGGAUGUCUCCUCAAGAUUUGUCUUUCAAAGAUGAUAGAAAGCGAUCUCAACAGCUUGAGUCUCCAAAAAAGCAGAUAGACCAAGGAAGUUUAUUUCUUCAGUCAUUUGGAAUGCUGAUUGAUACUACUGAUCAACAUCACUCCCACUUGUUUGAUCUUAAGUGUCAAAUUUGUACUGGUAAGAUCCCUCCUCCAAAGGAGGAAUCACCCAAUAAAAAGAAGAUUUUAAUAGGCAUGGAAGAUAGGACAAACUCAAACAUAAAAUAUCUGGCUAAGACAACUGCUGAGCCACUGCAAGAAAAAUGUUCGGCAGUUACUGGGCAAUCACAAAACACUAGUCUGAAAAACCUCGGUAAAGAUACAUGCCUAACAGACUCUGAAUAUGUUAACAAAAUAAUGUUGGAUAGUAAUGAAGCAGUAGUCAACUCAGUUAAGACUGAAUCUGUAACAUCAAACUUUCCAUCAGAUAAAAACCAAGAAAAGAAUCUUGACACAGUUGUUUUAAAUCCAGCUGUUGAAGAGAAAAGGAAAAUUGAGCAAAGAGAAACUGACAACUCUGUUUACUGUGAAAUGAAACCUGUCGAGAAAACCUCUCCAACUUUCACUACAGGGGUAAUUUUGAGAACUAUGAAGACAAUUACUACCAACAAUCAAGCCUCGGGGGGUAAAGAUUUAUCCAAUUCAGUGCCAUUGGAGACAUCUGUCACAGAAAAACAAACAUCUCACUUGAAGCUGUCAAAGACUCCUUCAUGGGGAUGGAAAGGGUUUAUAUUUAUGGAAGAAGUGGCACGGUUUGUCAACUUUGGUUACAUUGUAUCUGGCUCAAAGGACUAUGUAUCUCAGGAUAUGCCAAAUACUUUGUACGUUUGUGGUCGAAUUGCCCCUGACCAAGUGUGGAGCUACUUAGGGAAGACCAAGCCACUAGCAACUAAGGAGUUGAUUGUGGUUAGUUUCUACCCUGCUAAUAAAGAGGAAAUGGUUUCAUAUAGUGCUUUCUACCACUAUCUUUUUUCACGGAAGCGUUUGGGUGUGAUUGGACACACUUCUAAGAUGGUGAAAGAUUUUUACAUUCUCCCUUUGCCAGCAGAUCAACCAAUACCAUCAGUUUUGUUGCCAUUCAAUGGUCCUGGGUUACAGAAUCCUAGGCCUAAUCUGCUGCUUGGUUUAAUUGUAAGACAUAAGAAUCCAUUAAAAAAAAUUUCUUCGACUCCAGGAACUAUGUGCCCUUUACAACAGGUGUCAUCUCCUUCAGUUAACAUUUCUUUGAAGAAUAAUUCUGUUGAUACACCUGUUAGCAUUGUUAGGAAAUCUUCCCAUCCAAUCCCAGAAUCUUCAUCUCUUAAUAACAAACAAUGUGUAAAGAUAUCUAGUAAUGGGCCUGAAUCUCUUUGGCAGUUGGAGAAACACACAAUUUCUCAACCAGCACUUACUAAAAGUAAAACCUCUGAAAGUCUCCAGGUUAUAUCCGCCAAUGCCUCAGGAAUAAGAGACAGUGCUGAUGCUCCGUAUGAUCCAGAGGAGAAUGAUUUUUCUUACAGACAAGAGUUACGACGUCAAGUACUUCAUGAGUUUAAUGCUUCUGUUGAUGAGACUUGUAAAGUUGAAAACAUCAAAUCUGUAGAAAAUGGACAAGAAUUCAUAGCAGGUAAAUGCUUGAAUGUGGAUAUGACACCAAGCUUUGUAGCAAAACAAGAUAUUUCAAGUGAAAAGCCUUUGAAAAUCAGUAUGAAUGAAUAUGCUGAAUCUCAGCUUAAAAAGAAAACAAAAGUGGUUAGCAAAGUUAAAUCCUUACCUCUAGAGAUUUUAGAUUCAGAGCAAAACAGCAACAGUAAGACAAAAUCAAAUUCUAAUGUUGAUAAAGCUUACUCAUCUUCCUGUCCAUCUUUGUCAAAGUCACCAAAAAAAAUCACUGACUCUGUGAUUGAGGAUGAUUUAUCUUCUUGUUCAGUUAUAUUGAGUUUGCCCAAACAAGUAUUAAAUUCUACUGGUAAAAAGCUAAUUUCUAAGACAGCUUCUUCUAGUUUUAACCCAUCCAUUAGACCAGUGGCUUCUGGUUCUGGUCAGCCUAUACAAAGCUUUACCAACCAAAAUGAAAACACAGUACAUCCUAGCACUUCAUAUUCCAGCUUAUCUUCCCAGACAAACAACACAGUUACUCAAGAUGUGUUCUCAAAAUAUAGUUCCACACUUCCUCCCCAUUUACAUAAGCUUAUGGAUGCAAUUAACAAGGUAGCACAGCAGGUUUCAGAAAAAUCAGACAAUUCAGAAACUGGUGACAAACCAGCUAGAAAAACACUGCACGUUUUAAGAAAUUGGAUUGCUAAGAAAUCUCCUAAGUCUUAUACUGCACCAAAACUAAACUAUAUUCCAAAAGUACACCAUGAACAGAAGAAUGUGGACGAUCGGCCUAGAGAAAAUUCCAAGGAUCUUGAAGAGCUUGUAGUGACUAAGAAUUGUAGGACAAACUCAUUUCCAAUUCAACAUCCAGAAAGAUCUGUAAGAAUGUGUGAUGAACUACAUUCACAACAAGCAAAACAUGUCCAAGAAAUGAAAUCUUCAAACAGUAUUUAUGCAAAUAUGUGGUCACACAAUGGCCCUCUUGUUAAAACCAACAACUAUGAAAGAUUAACUUUACCAAAUAAUUCAUUAACAGGACCAUUCCAAACCAAAUCUCAGGAAGUGAUGCAAAAAAAUGGUUUUUUGAAUGAAUCACAUGUAGAAACAAAAAGUCAAGAUACCUGGUACCAACAUAAGACACCUAAAAACCAGUUCAGCAUUUCCAGGUUUCUGCACACAGAAAGAAGUAAUAGUAGCACUUCAGGAUCAGUCAGUAAUGACCAGGUCAGUCAUUCUUAUCCUUUUGACCAGUUUUACAGAAGAGAAGUGCAAUCUAGUGAUUCAUCUUCAGAAAGAACUAAGUUUCAUGUUCAGGACAGUGAUUACAGAAUAGCUUGGGAACACACUGACAGAUGGAGCCACUUUUCCAGAGAAGAACACUUGAACCCAAGAUUUAGAAGAGGGUAUAAUAACAAUAGCUACAGAUAAUCCUUAUCAGUGGAAUGCUAUCAUGAAAUACCUAGUGAAAAGUCGGGUUUUUACCUAGACAAGUUAUUAUAGUGAUGGAAUUCAGAAGAUGGAUUUAUUCUUGUGAAAGAACAGCUUGAGAUGACUUCAAUUAGGAACAUUUGGUGCAGUACAAGUACAAUAAAAGUAACAACGUAGGUAAUAUUUCACUACUACAAUUUUAUUGAGACUAUUGUUUAUGUUACUAUUGUUCUUAGGCAAAGAAAGUUACUAAAAUAUCAAUGUUGCCCGAAAAAUAAUAGUUUAUUAUUAUAUCCACUGUUUUAAUAAAUCUAAACCCUGCUUUGUAAAAUGAGAAUGCAGUGGUAAAGAAGAAAAAAAUGUGUGUGUAGAUUUUGUAUAGCACUGUUGUGUAUAGUGAAUAAAAUACACAAAAUGGAAAUCACAAGAAUUAUUUUAAUAUGCAUAAACAAAGGAAAGAUUUGACAAAGGCCUUAUAAGAAAAUUGAAUGAAAUUAGAUUCAUUUUGCUUUAUUUUAAGAGCAAAGUUUGUAAAAAAUAUAUAAAUGUAUUACAUUAUUGUUUAGAAAAGCUUCAUGCCAUGCAUUAUGAGCAAGAAUUGGUCAAAUUGAUUUUCUGUAAUCAAUUAUAUUAUUUCUUGGUAGUGUUUAAACAGAUUUCACAAGCUCCAAAGUUUUUAUAUGGUGAGUCAUAUUAACAUGUACAUAUGCUCGAAGACAAAUUAUUUUAAUUAUUUGUUAUGGUGUAACGUUUAUCAUCCAUGCUGCAAACUUUAUGAUGGUGCAUAGUUUUCUGACUGUAAAGUUAAAUUAAAUACACACAUGAAUACAUUUUUGAAUGUAUACAUUUGUCUUGCUGUUGUAAUUUAUAUUUACAGUACAUUAUUUCUAAACCGGUUUUCUGGUAUGUUAGUGUGGCUAGCAAGUAAAAUGUCAGGAUUAUUGUUAGAUCUAGUUAGCAUUUUGGGAUAAGUGAAAAACAACUAACUUGAUACUAUGUAGAUUAUGCUGAUUUAUUUUUGAGAUUUUAUUUUACUAAAUAUCGUUUGAAUUUUGCUUGAAAAUAUUUUUCACAGCACACAAAAAAGUCACAAUAAAAUUCAAGUUGAUGGAAGGCCAUUUUAUUUAUCAAGGUCAUCCUAAAUGCUGAAAUGCUGAAAAUCAAAUGCCAUCCUCCCCAAAAGUAAAUAUUCAGAUGAACUAUUCCACAAGUCAAUAAUGUAUAAGAACAAAUCUGGGUCUAGGUUUCCAAAACUUGCACCAUCUAUGUCUGGCAUUCUAAUUCUGUUAUUAACUCUUUCAUCCUAGUAAUCAAAAGGAUAUUUCUAAAAGGCAGCUUAUUUAAGCCCCUAACAAUUUGGAAAAUCUUCAUUGAUUCACCUCUGGCUAUUCUGUAGUCCAUCAUAAAAUAAUGGUAAUAUUCAAAACUUGCCCAUAGCUUAGGUUUGUCAGAUUAUAUUAUUAUUUGGAUAGUCAUUCUCUGCAUCCUUUUUAGAAGAUGCUAUCUUUUGUAUAAUGAAAACUGAACAUAACAUAUUCAAGUACAUAUGCAGGCUUCUUCAUUUUUGUUCCAUUUCAGAGUUCAGAUGUGAAUUAUUUGGCCAUACAUCAAUAUCUUUAAAGUAGUAUUAAACUGACCAUUGUCAUCUUUGUUUGUGGUGAAUUUUAAGACGAACCAUAUUUAGCUAAACACGUGUAUAUAUAGUACAUAUAUUAUGGUUAAAAAAAUAAAAAUUUUAAUGCUGCAGAGGCCUAUGACUCAUUGAAAUAAAAUGAAUUCUGUAUGCAUAUUUUUCUUAUAAAUAAGCAUAUAUAUGUAGUUUUACAUCCUUUGAUAUGCCCUUGUGACCACUUUAACAGAGGUAUGCAUAUUAUAGCAUGUGUAUUUAGUUUGUUUUUAACAAAAAAAGUCUCAAAAUUCAAGUGACAUCUAGAUGGUUUUAAUGUAAAUAUUUUUGUUGGCUACUUUGUACAGAUUGUUUAUGUUGCUGUAUUUAUUUGAUGUGUUAGAAAGUUGUAUUAAGAUUGUUUCAGAUAGUUUGCAGUCAAUCAACUUAACAUUAAUAGAGUUUAAUACUGUUUAUUAGAUGGUACAUUUUGUUUCUUUUUAAAUAGGAAACCAUAUUCUAAAUUUUUUGAUUUAUAUUUUACUUCAAGUUGUAGUCAAAAGGCAUGGUUAAGGUCUGGUAUUUGUUUUCUAUCCCUCCACACUGAAACAAAAGUAAAUAA